ACCAGGGUCAGUCUAGAGCAAGAUGUUCUGCAGGUUGAACGCACUUCUGAUCCCCAUCGCCAUCGCCAUCGUUCUGCUGGCCCACUCCAGUUGGUCGGCCCCGGAAUGUGGCCGUAGUGCGGAGCAGUGCAAGGAGCACAGGAUGCAUCCGGAUAUGCCGGAGCCGGAGUUGAAAGGACGGGCAUUUCGGGUCGUUGAGGGCGACGAGACCAACGCCUAUUGGCGCCAACAGGGCGUCCAGUUUGUCCAGCAGAAGCUGGCCAGUGAGUUGAACAAGCGGCGGGCCAAGAACGUGAUUCUCUUCCUGGGCGACGGCAUGGGUGUGACCACCACUUCGGCCGCUCGCAAUCUUCUGGGCGGCGAGGAGAAGUCGCUCUCCUUCGAGCAAUUCCCCUACACGGGCCUCUCGAAGACCUACUCCGUGGACAAGAUUGUGCCGGACUCGGCCUGCACGGCCACCGCCUACUUGUGUGGCGUGAAAGGUCAGGAGGGCACCAUUGGCGUCAAUGGGCAGGUGCCGCGCACCGACUGCAAGGUCAUGCUGGACGAGAGCACCCACGUCGACUCCAUUGCCAAGUGGGCCAUGGAGGCGGGCAAGUGGGCGGGUCUGGUGACCACCACCCGCGUGACCCACGCCUCGCCUUCCGGCGUCUACGCCCACAUUGCGGAGCGCGACUGGGAGAACGAUGCGGAGGUGGCCAGCGACUGCGGAGUCAACUCCGGCAUCCAGGAUAUUGCCUUCCAGCUGGCCCGCGGCGAGGUGGGCAGCAAACUGCGGGUGAUUAUGGGUGGCGGACGCAAGCAUUUCGUGGACUCCAGCCUGGCAUCGUGGGGCAAACGUAGCGACGGUCUCAACCUGCUCGACGAAUUCAAGGCGGCCAGCGAGAGGAACGUCUAUGUGACCACCGCCGAGGAACUGGCCGCCGUGGACGUGGCCAAGACCGACCGGCUGCUGGGCCUCUUUAACGACGAUCAUCUGCAGUACCUGAUGGAGACCACGCCGGAGAGCAGCCAGCCCACGCUGGAGCAGAUGACCCGCAAGGCCAUCGAGUACAUGAGCCAGAGCGAGCAGGGCUACUUCCUCUUCAUCGAGGGCGGUCGCAUCGACCAGGCCCACCACAUCAACCAGGCGCGGAUGGCCCUCAACGAGACGAUUGAGUUCUCCAAGGCCAUUGCCGCCGCCCAAGAGCUGACCAGCGAGGACGACACCCUGCUGGUGGUCACCGCUGACCACUCGCAUGUGUUCACCUACGCAGGGUACUCGUACCGCGGCUCGGAUAUUUUUGGCAAGGCCCCUGUCAACGGACACGACGGUCUGCCCUACAUGGUCCUGAGCUACGCCAAUGGACCGAGCUACGAGAACUUCUACGACGAGCAGACCAAGGAGCGCAAAGAUCCCACCACAGUGGUGACUGGUGCCCACGACGAUGAGUUUCCCUCGGGAGUGCCGAUCGACAUGGACUCCCACGGCGGUGACGAUGUGCCCGUCUAUGCCCUGGGUCCCUGGGCGCACCUCUUCACUGGCGUCUACGAGCAGAGCACCAUCCCCAGCCUGAUGGCCUACGCAUCCUGCUUGGGCCACGGCCAGACCAUGUGCAAGUAGGAUGAGGCAGACGCUGGCGAGGGGAUGCCAAGCCGCCUGGCCAUAACAAUUAAGUUUGAAGCUCAUUAAAUCCAGCCAGCAAGCGGCAUUUGCAUUCGCCUGCACUCGACUUUAUUAUGCGAACGCAAAA